AUGUUUGGACUGGAAUCUUCAGGCUCCGCGGCUGAGCCUUCGCGCCCUGCUUCGCUGUUCCGCACUCGCACACAACGCUCCAACCGCUCACACCAGUCAAUCUUCAAGGAGGAGUUCAACUCAGACCUCUCAUUGCCACUCUCAUCACAUACACACGGCCACCAUCGUCAGGUUCCUUACCAUCACCACAACGGCAGCAGUUACAGCAGCUACAAGCCUGUCACCGCUCCUAUUCCCCACCGGCCGUCUACAGAUACUGGCGGUAGCACCCUAUACAACGACCGAGAAAGAGAACGGGCUGGAGAUUCAGACCAGGAGGCAAUGGCAACCCCGACACCCAGAGAGGUUCAUCGCCUCGCAUCUCAUCACGACUUCAUUUAUGACACAAGCUCGAAACCACGGCGACUUGGAUGGAGGGCGUUUGUGGGAAGACACCUCUCUCUUCCAGCAGCAUUCAUUACGGGUAUCAUCUUUGUCAUUGUCGCCAUAGUAUUUACCACUGUGACGAGCAAACGACCGCUGGAGUGCCCAGACUGGGCAGAAGAUUGUCGCACGGUUGACCGAUGGACGACCGAACACCUCCCGACUAUUCAGGGCGUCAUCACUCUCGUUUACAUCAUUGGACUGGGAGCGCUUGCCUAUGUAGCUCUCGCGCUAUGUGAAGCCGCGGUUUGGCCGCUGCUGGUCAAGCAGACUAUGACAAUGAGGGGUCUGGAGGCGUACCUGGCAACAACACGCGGUUCUAUCCUGGCUGCCCCGAGAGCCUUCAUGGAAGCCAAGACGGUUGCCAUGGGAGUGAUGCUCGUUUGCGCGGUAACGUCAGUCUUAACACCGCUCGCUGGGAUACCGUUGGUUGGGCAGGCUUAUACAACCAUGUCGAGAGAGGUCGAACUUAAGAGCAACUACACGCCUGGUGGUGGACUUGAAGAGUCAUUCCAGCAAACCGAAGCACCGAGCUUUGCCAACAUGGGCGUCCUGACCACAUACAACUCGUGGGCUAUGGACCCAGCCUCGGAACCUCUGCCAGAAUACCAGGAUUGGUAUGUUGAUCGGGAGGUGCUCGGCACCAAGGGAAACCUCUCUGCUCGGGCCGUCAAGUUACAGACAACUGUGUCGUGCAGCCCAAGGACAGUCGAACAACUUAUCCGAAGUGGGAAGCCGUUGAACGCCUUUCCCACAAACUGGACUCGCGCCAAUAUCAGCUCUCUAAGAGGUGAGAAACGUACUCCAGCAGAGGUUUACGUGCGUCCGCAACCCGAAUUGACGGGUUGGGCCGACAACUUCACCUUUGAGGCAUCUCAUCGAACCAAAGCGACCCUGGUCUUUGCCGCUCUCAACGGAACCAUCGAAGGCGGCAAGGAAUCCAACUUUACGCUUGGCACCAUGAAGAGCGUGUCAGCUAUAGCUUGCGAGGUGAUUAUCUCGGCUACAGACGACAUCCUCACCAUUGGUAACCCAUCAAGCCGCGCAGAUAACACAACACUCCCGACCCUCUCGUCCCUCGAGACCCUUCACACCAACACCUCCAACCCCUCGACUGCCCUUAACGAGCUUCUCCUCUGGUUUACCAUUGCCCCCAUUCUCUCCGCUCCGAGCGUAUCAGGGGCCCAACCAAUGUUCUCCAACUCUACCUCCACCAACCGCGCCGUAGCCUACACCGGUCAAGCCGCUCAGCGCAACACCUGGACAAUCGACGGCAUCGAGUCCUUUAUUCACCUCUCCAUCGGUGCUUUACUACAGUCCACCACCGCGUCUCAAGCCGGAUCCACCGACAACACCACCCUUCUUACCUCCACUUAUCCUCUCCAGUUCCUCUCCCGGUUGCGUGCCCUCUUGCUCCUGCUCCUACCUCUCCUUUUGGUCACUCUCAUAGUCUGUCUCUCGUUCUACCUGAGCCACAUCCACGCCCGCGAGUCCAUCCCCGUCCUUCGUCUUGCCGGACCUUGCGAGUUGCUCAAGAGUUCCCAGACACAUUGGCUGCGUGAGCAGGCCGGAACGGAUGCAGCCAAGACCUACCUCCCGAGCGACUUGGGUGCGACUACGGUCAGAUUUGGAGCAGUUGGAAAAGAGGGGGCCGAGAUGGUUGGACUGGGAGAUGGGAAUGGACGAAAGGUUGGGUCGUUUGUGAAAGAGAUCCCUCGAAGAGUACAACCCCUCGAUAAAGGGAAGGAAAGUGGUGAGAGUCAGAAAGAAGGAAAUUUGGGGGAGACGGUGGAGAUGGGCGUCAUUGCCUGA